CUACUCCUUCAUUGUCACACAUUUUUGAGACCAGCUCCAAACAAAAAAAAAACCCGCUCUUUUUUUUUGGAUGCGUGCAUUUAUUUCAGGAAAACCCAGAAUGACACGGCUAUUUCUCACUCUUGCAACGCGUAAUUUAUUUGUAAACCCAUCUUACAUUAAACGCACCAUGUCGACUACAACUAAGCAUAUGGAUGACGAUUGCAUCUUCUGCAAGAUUGUACGUGGCAAAGUUCCUUCCAAGAAAGUCGCAGAAACUGAUAAAAGUUUUGCGUUCAUGGAUAUUGAACCUCUGAGCUCUGGCCACGUGCUCAUUAUUCCUAAAUACCAUGCCAAGUAUAUGCAUGAGUUGCCAGAUGAAUACUUGUCAGAUGUCAUGCCUAUUGCAAAGCGUAUCGCUAUUGCUGCAGACUUGGACCAAUACAAUGUUCUUCAGAACAAUGGUAAACUGGCUAAUCAGGCUGUACCACACGUUCAUUUCCACGUCAUUCCCAAGCCCAACGAAGAAACCGGCUUGGGUAUCCGAUGGAAGCCCAUGGAGACGACCCCUGACGAUAUUACAGCUGUUUACGAAAGAAUCCUAAAGAAGCUGUGAGGCGUGCGGUUAUUGGAUCUGAGAUCUGAUUGAACCGUCGUCAGAUUCUCAUCAUUGUCUUUAAAUUUCGAACCCAACUGAAAGAAAAUUGAUUCGAGACAAUAAAAAAAAAUUCGAUGCGUGCUUCCUCGCAAUA